CGGCCGCUCGGAGAGUUCAAACAGUGUGAGAUGUUGUCAGAGCAGCUCGCGCCUCCGAAGUUAAACAUUCCGCGUCGAUUCGAGCCAAAGUGGAUUUUAAAGUCUUUCGUUGUGAGUUUGGACCCAGUUUCCGGACCAUGGUCCAGCACUCGGAACGCGCCGGGGCGGAAGUCACCGACUCCCGCCACGGGACGGAGCCGGAGGAGGGCGAGCUGCUGGCGGCCUCGGCCCGCCGCGCGGCGCCGCUCAGGCCGGACUGGUGCCGGACGGCGUCGGGCCACAUCAAGCGGCCCAUGAACGCCUUCAUGGUGUGGUCGAAGAUCGAGCGGCGGAAGAUCAUGGAGCAGAGCCCCGACAUGCACAACGCGGAGAUCUCCAAGCGGCUCGGGAAGCGCUGGAAGCUGCUGAAGGACUCGGAGAAGGUCCCGUUCAUCCGCGAGGCCGAGCGGCUGCGGCUGCAGCACAUGGCCGACUACCCGGACUACAAGUACCGGCCCAAGAAGAAGCCCAAGGCGGGGGAGGGGGCCCCCCCGGCGGGGAAGUCCCCGGAGAAGAGCUCCUCCAGGCCGGCCAGCAGGAACCCCGGGACCUCCAGGAAGGUGAGGCCCGGCAAGCAGGGGUCCGGGACCGGCAGAGCGGACCCCCGGUACCGGUUCGUGUUGAGCAGCUUCAAGAGACGGGACUUUACUGACGAUGAGGAGGAGGAGGAGGAGGAUGAAGAGGACUCGGAGGAGGAGGAAGAGGAGGAGGAGGACUUCAAACAGGAGCAGGAGGAAGAACCGGACCGGUACAGCCGGACUCUGAGCCCCACAGAACCGGACCUGGAGCCGUCCGGCCGGCUCUUCUACAGCUUCAAGAACAUCACCCGGCAGGGGACCAGCACCUCCUCCUGGUCCCCCACGUCCUCCUCCCGGUCCGGGUCCACUUCAGACCUGGACGAUGGUGCAGACCUGGCCCUGGGCUUCCUGUCCGACCCCUGGACCUCCUCCUCGUCCUCCUCGUCCAGCUCCUCUGCGGGGAACCUGAGCCUGUCCUUGGUGGACAAGGACCUGGACUCUGAGGGCAGCCUCGGGUCCCACUUCGACUUCCCAGACUUCUGCACCCCCGAGCUGAGCGAGAUGAUCGCGGGGGACUGGCUGGAGGCCAACUUCUCAGACCUGGUCUUCACCUACUGAGGGUCCGGGUCCCCUGGAGGAGCACCGGACUUCUCAGACCUGGUCUUCACCUACUGAGGGUCCGGGUCCCCUGGAGGAGGACCGGACCUGGACUAUGACACAAACAGGGUUUUCUUUUCAGCCUCCCGGGUCUGGACCAGAACCAGGACUAUGCACCCCCUCAGACCAGAUCCUUCUCUGCAGGUUUUAUUUAUGAACCAAACUUACCUCAACUUUUUAAUAAAACCAGAAUAAAAAUAUUUUCAAGCUUAUUUUUCUAGACU